ACUUAACUAGCCAGAGAAAUCUGUUGUGUUUUGCACUGUGGCUACCUGCUGUUCCCUGUGGUGCAGGUUUUAGCCCCCCGCACGGGACAGUCAUGUGGCGAAGGACAGGACCAGCCACCGCAGGAAGUGACAGCAGGAUCCCCUGAGCUCGAAAACAAAGGAUAACCACCACCAAACAACGCUGGGACAAGGAGACGUGAGCCCAGGGGAAUAUCAACUAUGUUGAUGCCAUGGAGAUUGUUCCUCAGCCAGAUGGCACUGAGCAUUUUCUAUCACAUCGCAAAAGCCAGUCUAUGCCUUGGUGGUCAAGAUAUAUUUGCCACGGUUAGAGAGAACAGUCCCACUGGAGAGUUCAUAUCCAACCUCAAUAUCAACGGAGACCCUGGAGCCAGCAGCAUCCGCCUGUGUCUCACUGGAGAAAACUCCGACUGGUUUUAUCUUGAAGGCCGAACAAUCCGACUCAACACUUCGUUUUCCAAGACCUUGGAUCGAGAGGUGCUGGGAUCAGUGCUGAUAGCUGCUUUGACAUGUUAUGAAGAUGGAAUAAUAAGGAGUCGGUAUCGAAUCAUGGUGGAGAUAUUGAAUGAGAACGACAACAUGCCAUAUUUCCUUGAAGACACUAUUCAACCACGAUAUAUAAGUGAGUUGCUGACUGUGAACUCGAUGGUGUUCACAGUGAAAGCCAGAGACGGCGAUGGAGACACGAUCACUUAUAUGACCGACAAAUCUACAGCUGAUGCCAGCUAUUUUAGGAUCGAUUUGCCCAACAGUGGGAUGGUGAUCCUGGAUAAACCUUUGGACUAUGAGACUAAAACCCAGCUGCAUGUGGUCAUAUAUGCUGUGGAAAUGACCACAAAAGAAAAGUACAGCACAACAGCUACAGUCACCGUGAAUGUUCUAGACGGUGAUGACCAGUAUCCACAGUUUCAGCCGUGCGCACCUGUUUAUGAAGAUGGAGAUCAUAAUAUCUGCACCAACCCUGUGUACAGCGUCAACAUUACAGAAACAGAUGAGGAUGUUGUGCUUUAUUUUUCUCCGGGUCCCAUUCAUGCUGAAGAUGGAGACAAAGACAUACUUACCCCUCUGGUCUACACUAUUCUGUCAGGUGAUGAUAAUGGCAGAUUUACAAUCGACGCGAAAACAGGAGAGAUCUCUCUCAGGCAACGUGUGGAAAACAGACUCCUUACCCCUUCAUUCAGGCUCCGCAUAAUGGCUGCCCAGGUGAAUGACCCAAAGAAAUAUUCGAUGGCGACGGCACUGGUGCACGUGGUAUCGGAGAACCAGUUUCCUCCGAUCUUCAACAAGACCGUCUACAAAGGGUUUCUAAUCGAGAGCUCCAGCCCUGCUACUCUGGUCACUACUUAUGGGAACCAAGUCCUAGUGAUCCAGACCAUCGACAGGGACUUCAGAGAUGGGAUAAACCCAAAAAUCCGUUACACAAUGCAACCCUUGACGGGUAGCAGUAAACUGUAUCACAUCACUCAGGAUGGCAUUGUGAUUGCAAAGACGGACCGGCUCAGAGCGUUCGACCGACACAUCCUAGAGGUGAUUGCAACAGACGAGGAGUCAGGUGAGGUUGCGCACACUUCAGUGGACAUUGAGGUUUUACAAAGGGGACUUCCAGUUCCUAGAAGUCCAUUUGGAGAAGAACGGCUGUUUGCGUUGGAUAUGAACGCAGGGAUGGCCGGUGGCAUUGCUGCUUUUGUUCUCAUAGUGGCUGUGACAACACUAUUUAUUUGCCUCUGGCUGGUCAAGAGACGAAGAGAGAGACGGGAUCCCGAAGACAGGGGCUCAGUAGCCCUAGGGAAGCACCCAAAUGUGAGCUUAAGAUGGUUUCAGCAGGUCAAUUCAGGAUGUCCCAUAUCACUCAUGGAUGCCUCCUACCACAACGAGGCGUUCAUCGACUAUGAAUACUCUAGUGGUUUGUACACCAAAAUCGAUGACUCGCUCCCUCCGGCGGCCAGGACGUUUGAGUCUGACAGACCUGUGACACAGCAAGACAUGCUCCCAAUCCUGGUCUUCCAGAAAAAACACCCGUCAACAUGAAAUCUUCACCUCUGACCAAUGGGAAAGCAUUUGCAAAAUCAGUCUCUUUUAAAGACAGAGAAGGAAUGUCGGAGGACAGUUUGCCAAAAAACGAAGAAGGACAAAUUGCGGUUGUAUGCAAUCAAAUAGAGACCAGAGCGGAUAUUUUGAUGCCUGUUGUACAGCAGGAAACUUUCACUUUAGUGGGGAAUCCUGCAGAAAAUGAGGAUUUUUGUUGUCCAAAUCCUUCUGUAGGACCUCAUGGCAAUACUAAUGAUGAGGAUGAUGAAGAUGACAAUGAUCCAUACAAAAACAUGGCCUCUGUUAUUUACAGCAGCAAUGACGAAGACACGGCAGACGAAGAGCCAAAUGAUUUAAGGCACUAUUACAAACAUGGGCGAAACCCGUUUACAAUAGACCACAUGAAGGCAAUCGGUUUGCAGACGGAGGACUCGGAUGAAUCACAUGCCUGACUCAUUUUAUUUCAACUAUUUGAACAAGUUGUUUUCAUUUAAAAAAAGCCAAACCUAUGAACAAGGUUCCGAAGGGAAUAUAUCAAGAAACAGCGUUCAGAAGGACAUAAAUAUUUGUGUUCAAACUCAUGUCUGAUGAAGGCUUUGGAGUUGACUGAAAUGUUAUUGUUUUAAAGGGUUUACUUUUUGAGUUGGUUGAGCACACUUUUUGUUUUUAUUUAAUGUUUUCUUCAUAAUGGAGUUGUAAAGAAAUACUGUGCACAUGUUCAUCCUUAGUUAAAGCUUCAGUCUGUAACUUUUUGAGUUAAAAAUUAUCCAAAACUCAAGUCUCGGCUAGAAGGUUAUAUUGCGUGUGGAUGUUGUAGGCCUUCACUCGAUAUAAUUAAAAAUAUGAAUUUGAUGGCGAAUCCAGAAAGGUUUAAAAAACGACAAUCAUCAGUGACAACUGGUAAAUAUCUGAAGGGCUUUAAAUGUAGUCACGCAAUGCUGAUGUUGCUAACAUUAACAACGUGAGAACAAAGUAUAAUUUGAUCAGCCCGUUUUACUGCAAUGCUUUUUUUCCCCUGUCAGAACAAAUGUGGAUUUUUCUUACUUGUUCAGAUGACAUUUUCCGGUGAACAUUCUUACGUUGGUCAUACUUCCAAAAAGUAGAUUAUGUGAUUCUGAAUUACAGUGUCCACACCUGCGCGGUGAUUCUCACACAUUCUCCUCAAAUCGUUGCAUUUAUCCGCGCUGUGCCGUGCCGAGACACAACCCAUGUAAAGUUGAUAAUUACGCGAGUAACUGCAAUUGCAGAUUUUGAACAGAGAUGGCGACAAAGACAAAAACUAUGGACUGCAGCUUUAAGAAUAAGUUAAAAUUAAGUUUUGAUGACUGUGUCUUUUUCGUCCACUUCUAAUGUAUUUUAAAUUAAAAUUCUGAAUGGUUUCAACCCCUGAAACUAGUUGAAAAUUAUGUGUUAUGAAUAAAUGUAGUAGAAUUUUGAUUA